GUCAAAAAUAACAUAACCUAAGUUUUUUAUGUCAAGUCAAAUCAUGGUUUCAUUAAUAAAUAAACUUAACUUAUUACCUUUAAUAACAAAUUCUCCAUCAAAAAUAAUAAAUUACAAUCAAUUGAGAUAUUCAAGUUUUCGAAGUUCACCUUUUAUAUCAGAUUUAGAGACCCCAAAUGUGAAAUAUGAAGUUACAAAAGAUCCUCAUGACUGGAAAUUUGUAGAACGUUUAUUACCUCCAACAACCGUUCCAAAACCAACUUUAAAAAAUGAAUACCCCUCCGAUUGGAAACCUCAAAGUUUAGAUGCCACAAAUUUGCCUUAUUUUAUUCAAAGAACUAAGAAUCAUAUGAUUCCGGUUUAUAUGAAAACCAGUAAUAGAGGUAUGAAGAGAUUAACUUAUGUGAAAAAAAUUCAACGGGAUAUUUGGAGGUUGGAAAAUGAAUUGAGGGAAUUUUUACAAAAAGAGAAUAAAAAUCCAAUUCGAAGUCAAGUAAAUGAAUUGGUUGGGUACAUUUGUUUUCAUGGGGAUCAUGUUAAUGCUAUUAAAUAUUAUUUAAUGAAAAAGAAUUUGUAAAGAAUUAAAUAAAAGUAGUAAUAAAAAUAA